UGUCCAUGGUGCUGGCCAGACAGCGAUUACAAACCCAGGUGGUGAGAUCGUGUUAGCCAAUCUGGGCUAAAGAGGCGAGAUACUAGCCAAUCACAGGGCAGGAAAAAUGUGGCGGGCCAAUCCCAAGGCGGGCUUGCCUGAAUACGGGUGGAUGAAAACCCUCACCGCUGUAUGGGCGCCGGUUUGCGUAGCUUUUCCGGUCUUCAACUAAGUCCAUGUUGGUCGCGCGCAGCGGCGUCCUCGCGCUCUGACCGAGCCAAGAGCGCGCCAUGUGACGUCACAGGCGGCCCUGAGAGAUGCACGAGACUAUUUAACACGGAGGGAAAAGCGCGAGGGGCCUCGCCGCCACUUUCCUGUCCUCUAUGAGGGGAAAAAGAGAGUAACGGAAGGACAUAUGAACAGUUCCGUCAGCAUCAGCUGAGCUCGGUCUGCUUGCGCGGUGGGAGGGACAGAGAUGAAAGGAGACUGACACACAAUGUCAACCACCACUGGGCCAUCAAUGUGUUGUCCUGACUGUGGAGAGGCAUGUGGUUUCAGAGACCUGCAGAUAAGCCACACCUGCAAGAAGAUCUGUGUGACCCCCAGGCGAAAGUCAGAGGGAGCUGUUGUGGCUCUUUCAGCUCAACAGCAGUGCUCGUCUUUAGGGAGCAGUCCAAUCAGCCACCCCUUACGUCUGGAGCUUCUGGAUGCUCUGAGCUUGGCCUCUUCAGCCGCGGUUCCUCUGCGUCAGCUCCUCGUUCGCAGACAUGCCCCCUCCCUCUCCCCACUGAUGGCCAUGGCGGUGUCUACUGAGGCACGCUCGGAGCAGGUGGUGGCCCAGCUGAGUGUGCCCUGGCUGGGCAGGCUGGCGGUGGAGGCCCGGCUGCAGCAGCUGGCUCUGGAGGUCCAGCAGAGGGUGUCCACUCGACUGGGAGUGCUGCAGGAUGAGGUGAAGAGGAGGAGCGCGGAGGUGCGUAGGGCAAGAAGGGAGAGUGAGAGGAUGGAGAGAGAGAAGCGAGAAGCGGAGGAGAGGGCGGCUGAGCUGGCCCGGCAGGUGGACGUUUCUGUGGAGAUGCUGGCCAGCCUGAGGCAUGAGCUGAUGGAGAGGGAGGAGGAGCUCAACCUCAAGCAUCAGGAGGUCUGUGAGCUGGACAGGUUUGUGCGAGAAACUGCUUUCAGGGAAGCAAGCGCUAAGAUCCGCCUGCAGAGCUUCAUUGAGGAUCUCCUGGAGCGAGCAGAGAGAGCAGAGAAUCAGCUGCAAAACCUACAUAGUCUCUCACACACACCCACUGACAUGCCAUCGCUCCACGGACCACUAGCUCCCAGAGGACCACCGUAUCAGAGGAGCUACAGUGUAUCAGGGAUGUCAAGGUGCUGUUACUCGCAGUAUGAUCGCAGGGGUAGUCCACUUGCCAGGUACAGUGGCAGCAGGAUGCGGACCCUGUCUGUUGGGUCUGGGGGAUGUGAGGUGGACUGGGAGGGGGUACCAACUGCUCUGGAGGCACAAUAUUACCAUGUGCUGUGUGCGGGUCUCCAGGGUCCACAGAGGACCCCUCCAUCUCCCUGCUGGACCCCCAACACACAGCCCGGAACUGAGGGUGACUCAGACAGCUGGUCCAUCUACACUGCUGAAUCACAGGAGGAUCUACACCCACGCAGACGCUACAGAACAUACAGCAAGACAGAACAUGCCGCCUUCCACUGCCAGACCUGUCACCAUAGCAACAGACCUGCGGAAUCAAUGAUAUGUUCAGAGCGAAUGAGAAUGAGGGCGUGGCUUUUCUGUGUCUUCACUUACCUGGACACACGCUCCCUCCUCACUGCAGCACAGGUAUGUAGAGACUGGUGGAGUGUUGCUCGUCACCCUGCAGUGUGGACCAGAGUAACAUUAGAGAACGCUCGCAUCUCAUCAAAGUUCAUGGUGACACUGUCUCAGUGGUGCGGUCAGACACAGUCACUCAUUCUGCACAACCUCAAACCUCGCUCACGCAACCGGAAAGAGAGUAAAGAGGAGUAUCAGAAGAGCACAAGGGGCUGCCUGGAGGUGGGUCUAGAGGCGGUGCUAAAAUCAGCAGGGCGGUGCCUAAUGUCUUUGACCAUCUCGCAUUGCCCCAACAUUCUGACGGACAGAUCACUGUGGCUCGUCAGCUGCCACUGCAGAGCACUGCGUGCACUUACUUACAGGAGUUCAUCAGACCCCGUCGGACAGGAGGUGAUCUGGGCUUUAGGAGCGGGAUGCAGAGAUAUCACCAACUUACACAUAGCACCUCUACAGCCAUGUCAGCAGCCCACUCGCUUCAGUAAUCGCUGCUUGCAGACAAUUGGCCGGUGUUGGCCUAACCUGCGGCAGGUGGGUGUGGGCGGGGCUGGCUGUGGCAUUCAGGGAUUGGCCUCUUUGGUGAGGAACUGUGCAGGUGUGUGUGUGCUGGAGUUGGACCACAUGAGCGAGAUCAGCCAGGAGGGGGCAGCAGAGCUGGGCAGAGAGGGACUGCAACAGCUACAGACGCUGAUCUUCAACUCCACACCUGUCACUGCUAAAGCCAUACUGCACUUUAACAGUGUUUGUGUAAAGCUGAAGAAUAUUGUGGUGCAGAUGAGUAUUGCAGAUUAUUUCGAGGAUGCUGAGAGUGAAGAUGCAAAGAGGUUGUUUGAUGAGAUUGUCAGCAACUUGCAGGCUCUGAGGAAGAGACCCGGCCUGUCUGACAUCCUUCAGAUCAAGGUGGACAGACUGUGAUGUCAUCAGCUAGAACAUUUUACCAACAGAACCUUCCUGUUCAUCACUGUGACAUUCUACCUGACCAAAUACACACACACACACACACACACACACACACACACACACACACACACACACACACACACACACACACAUUUUGCACCAAUCAUAACAAUAACAAAUUCUCAGGUCUGACUUUUAUUUUAACAUUUCAAGUAUGAGACAUAUUCCUGAAAAAUACACAUGUAUAUACACACAUUUAUUACCUAACCUUACCUUUUAUUUUCCCACUCCUUUUGUUACUGUUUACACAUGUAAAAAUUGGUGGUGACACUUUAUUUGAAGGCUACCUUCAUAGAAACUUUAUAGCACAGGCAUAAGCACUGAAUGACAUAUCUAAAAAGGCAGUUUUGAGAAUUUAUGAGAAUUUAUAAUGCCAGUCAUUGCAGGAUGACAGAGAUUUUGAAGUAAAUGACAUUGUAUUGACUAAAGAGGCCUUAAACUAAAGUGAUGAACAGCUAUUCCAUUUAUUACACUGUUAUGAAACAUUAUUCCUAAAGGGACUUACACGCAGAGUGUAAUUACUAUUACUCUAACAAUCAGCAUCAUUCUAGUUUAGUUCAUCUCUCAUUAUCUGCCAAGUGACUUUUCAAUAUGUCCAUAGCAGGGUAAACUAAAAAUCCAACAGUAAAUGGAGAAAUUCUAAGUAAAUUCCAGCCAACCUUUAUGAGUUUCUAUAAUUAUGAACAAAGUGUUUAUAAACUAUUGGAAGAAUCAAGAGAUAAGGAAGAUAAUGUGAUCAUAUUAUACUACUGGUAAUAUUAGGAGUAGAUCACAUAGUGAUUGUAUCAGUAUUAAGUGAAACAAAAAUUGAACUGAACUGAAUUCUAAACACAAUAAAAACACUAAAUGAAUUCAAAUAAACAUCUGUCAUUUUGCCUGCCACAGAGGAACAACAGGCCAGGCUACGGCUGAAUGGGCAGCCCAACGUUUACUUAAAACCUACUUACAGGCAGAGACUAUCCCAGAAUGUGUGUCCAAAUACAACAUUUUUGAAACAUGAUGUUAAAAAAAGCACUAAACACAUAAUAAAAUAAUAAUUCCCCUACAUCCAACAAAUGUUCUGUUAACUCAUAUCAAUCUUGAAUAUUCUUAUUGCCCUUAUAAAACUAUACAAUGUCAUUUACUGCUUACAAUGUCUUACAUCAUUGUACAGUUAGUGGCAUAAAUAUGAAGUAUCACUUUAUAAAUAGGUUAUUUAACUCUAAUUCUGUCCCUAUGCAGAUAGCCUUCACAUAUAGCGCUACCAAACAGACAUACAGGGGCAAAAGAAAACUCUGCUGCAACAUUUGCCAGUGAUUUUGGGACGUCCAAGUGGUUACUUGCAAAAACCAGGACCUCGAUAAUAGUAAGCAUGUCUGUAUAAAUUGACCUUAUUCAAACUGGACGGGUUAAAAUACUGUUUAAGGUAUUGUUCCUGUUGUUUUUAGUGUAUGUUUGUGAUUUUCAUGUCAUAUCUUGUUUUAAUGGUCCAAAACUGAGAGCUACUGGCUUGUUAUGCACCUAUUUUAUAUUGUAACCAGAGGCUGUAGAUCCCCCAUGUACAGAGGCAAACAUCCUUAUUUAGCCUGAAUAGAUUACUUCCUUUGGUAAAGUAGCUUCCAAAUCAGUUUAAGACAAUCAAUCUCCCUUAUAUUCAAGUCAUUGCUAGGCAUAAAAUCAUAUUUACACAGUUUUCUCCUCACUCUAAAUGUAAUUUAUCAGCCAAGCCUGGGUUACUGACUGUGUAAUCAUUUGGAGGGAAAAAUCGUGUUAAUUAGAUUUUUUGUCAAACUAUGACUUUUAAAUGUUUAAGUGCUUCCAAACAAGCUACUGUUACUAUCUAGUGUACAGUGAAACAUAGCAGUGCAGUUGGAUUGGAUUACAGUACCACUGCAAUAGUAUGCAUCUGACAGGAUCUAGGUGGUAGUUUUUCUUUUAGUGAUUUCUUGUUUUCAGCAUCUACUGAUGAGCACAACUCACUAGGAAAGAGAAAAGAGAAAAUGUGUUUUGAAUAUAACUGUAAAACCCAAAGGUCAUGUGAUCUUCUGUGGUUUGCAUUGCAAUCUAUGUAAGUGUCAAAAUGUUGUUGAAGUGUCUUAAGUGCUUUGUUAAUGUUGUAAAGCACAAAUCAUGAGACAAAUUCAGUGUUCAGUCCCAAAUGUUUAAGAUGUCUUGGGCCAAAUGUACCGCAAAUAAAAUAAGUUCACUUGUGAUGUUUUUUGGAUGUUAACACUGUUAACAUAACUGUGCUGAAUCGCUAAGUGAAUUAUUCUAGAUCAGUAGACCUUUGUUGGUAAGUGGGCAAAAACGAUCAUUUAAAUAAACAAUACGUGUGGUGAUGCAAAUGUUCCUCAAAAAUGUUUGGAAAAGUUGCUUAUAAUUUAUCUAGAAAUAAUUUUAAAUAAAACUGAAG